AUGUUCCCGCCCCCUCCAGCAGCGCUCGAUUGGCAAGACAUUGGAUUCAAAGUCCGGGAUGUCAAUGGCCAUGUGGAAUGCCAUUACUCGCAGUCUGGCAAUGGUCAAUGGUCCGCUCCACGAUUCGUUCGCUCCCCCUACCUCUCGAUUCACGGCAUGGCCCCCGGCCUCAACUACGGCCAACAAGUCUACGAGGGUCUAAAGGCGUUUCGCCACGCCGAGAACAGCAAGAUCACCAUCUUUCGACCCGACCGCAAUGCCAAGCGCAUGCAGCAUUCCGCCGAGGUGGUCUCGAUCCCUCCGGUGCCCGAGAGCCUCUUCCUAGACUGCGUGCGACUUGCCGUCGGAGCGAAUGCUGAGUUUGUCCCUCCAUUCGAGUCCGGUGCCGCCAUGUACGUCCGUCCAUUGUUGUUUGGAUCCUCGGCUCAACUGGGGUUGACACCCCCCGACGGAUAUACAUUGGCAGUGUUUGUGAUGCCGACGGGAGUUUACCACGGAGCGAGUGCGGUGGACGCGCUGAUCCUGGAGGACUUUGAUCGUUCGGCUCCUCAUGGCACGGGUAAUGCCAAGGUGGGAGGCAAUUAUGCACCUGUCCUCCGCCACAGUGAUCGCGCUCGGCGGGACGGGUUUGGCAUCACUUUGCACCUAGAUAGCGCCACACGAAGCGAGAUCGACGAGUUUUCCACGUCCGCCUUUAUUGGCGUCAAGCGCACGGGCGAUAGAGUGACCGUUGUGCUGCCGGAUAGUCGAAACGCCAUCGACUCUGUCACGGCUGGAUCGGUGGGAGAUAUUGCCCGUCACUUGGGGUACGAGGUCGAGAAGCGCCAGGUGCGAUACGAGGAGCUGAGUCAGUUCGACGAGGUGAUCGCUGCGGGUACAGCGGCUGCUCUCGUGCCAAUUCGGAGUAUCACGAUGCGCUCUGAAGGGGAUAAGUUUGGGUAUAACUGUGGCGAGCAGGCGCAAGGCGGCGAGGUUUGUGUGAAAUUGUUGCAGACCCUGCGUGGCAUCCAGUCCGGCUCCAUUGCCGAUCCCCAGGGAUGGAAUUACGAGGUGACGGCUCCGCCUAAGGAAUGGAUGGAGGAGGGAAAUGAGGAGAAGAUUGAUCAGCGUGGAACGACGGUGCCAUGA